AUGCCGCCGGCGGCGGCGCUGAUGAGCGACCUCGUAGAGGAUCUGUUCCUCCGCCUUUCGCCGGAGCUCGUCGAGGAGGUGUUUUUCCGCCUCCCGCCGGACGAGCCCACCUGUCUCGUCCGUGCCUCCGCCGUCUGCAAGCCCUGGCGCCGCAUCCUCGCCGAUUCGGGCUUUCGCCGCCGCUACCGCAAGUUCCACGGAACGCCUCCCGUCCUGGGGCUCUUCCAACGGGGCGACUGGCUCUUCCAAAAGGGAUCCCGCUUCGUUCCCACCUCCGCCCUCUUCCCUGCCCAGCCUGACCAUCCCGAUUGCUUUGCCAUGGACUGCCGCGCCCUCUUCGCCCGCAUCUGGGACACCUCCGUCCUCAUGGUCUUGGACCCUGUGACGGGCCACCAGCGCCUCGUGACCUCCCCCUAUACUCACCCGGUCAGCUUCAGUGCGGCGCCGGUCAGCUUCAGUGCGGCGGUGUUCUGCGCCGGCGCCGCACAAGGCUGCGACCACCAUGGUUGCCAAGCAGGGCACUUCCGUCUGGCCGUCGUGACCACCAAUGAUGUCCAAGAGGUCACAUCGGGCUGGCUCUACUCGUCGGAGACUCGCGUGUGGAGCCAGCUCACCUCUCUUCAUCACCCCAAUGUCAGAUUUACCAAUUCAGCUGCGCCUAGCGUCCUUGUGGGUGAUGCACUCUACUUCAACUUGGGCGGCAUCAUCGAGUGCCAACUUGGUACAGUCUGCUUGUCAAUGUUGGAGAAGCCAAUCGAUGGCAAUGGGACUCUCAUGGCGACGCAAGACGGUCUGCUGGGAUUCGCUGCCGUGGUGGAUGCCGCAAAUCUAACCCUUUGGUCGAGGGAGGCCGGACCCAAGGGAGCCAUGGGAUGGGCAAAACUCAGGAUAAUUGAUCUUGAGGCGCUGCUCCCUGUUGGUGCCAUGUCCCUAACAUUGGAAUUCAGGAGGCGGGUACAUGCAUUGGUGACCAGUGGCAUCGCGGAGGGCACCCAAAUCAUUUUUGUGAUAACUCGUGAUGGUUCUUAUAUGGUUGAUCUCGAGUCAGGUCGAGUCAGGCCCGUGUCUUGUCUUUGCAGAAAAAUCUUUCCCUACAUGAGCUUCUACAUCCCAGCAAUUAAAGCAGCUUCCACUAGCCAGGGGCAGAGAGCUGGUGCUUCAAGUGUUCGCCGGGCUGGAGCAAGAGGGAGGCGGUAG